CCCAAAGUGGCAAAGACAGCGCCCGCAGUCUGGGUAAAUUCCGAAGCGUCGAAGCGAGCCGCGGUCGACUGGCAAGACGGGAGCGCAUAAGUACCUCCAAGAGGGAAUCUCUCAGGCGCAGCAACCUACCUUCUACGCAUCGAACAUCAUCUUGCUUUCCCAAAGGGCAUUCCAAAGACUCCGACCAGAAUCUGUUCAACAUGAAGCUCACCAACAUGCUCCUCAUGGCCACGCUCGCCGUCGUGGGUUUCGCAUCUCCGGUGGACCGUCGAAGCCAGCUGGCGGAUUCUUGCUACGGUCCUCCCGGCUGCGCUGCAGUGGAGGAGCAGAAGCGCGCCAUCAGUCCAUCUGUCGAGUCUUACGACGGCGCCAGCGUCGAGACCAGGAGCCAGCUGGCGGAGGAGAAGCGCGCCAUCAGUCCAUCAGUCGAGUCUUACGACGGCGCCAGCGUUGAGGAGAAGCGCUCCAUCAGUCCAUCAGUCGAGUCUUACGACGGCGCCAGCGUUGAGGAGAAGCGCUCCAUCAGUCCAUCAGUCGAGUCUUACGACGGCGCCAGCGUUGAGGAGAAGCGCUCCAUCAGUCCAUCAGUCGAGUCUUACGACGGCGCCAGCGUUGAGGAGAAGCGCUCCAUCAGUCCAUCAGUCGAGUCUUACGACGGCGCCAGCGUUGAGGAGAAGCGCUCCAUCAGUCCAUCAGUCGAGUCUUACGACGGCGCCAGCGUUGAGGAGAAGCGCUCCAUCAGUCCAUCAGUCGAGUCUUACGACGGCGCCAGCGUUGAGGAGAAGCGCUCCAUCAGUCCAUCAGUCGAGUCUUACGACGGCGCCAGCGUUGAGGAGAAGCGCUCCAUCAGUCCAUCAGUCGAGUCUUACGACGGCGCCAGCGUUGAGGCCAGGAGCCAGCUGGCGGAGGAGAAGCGUACCGAAAGUCCAGACGUGGACGCUUACGACGGCACCCUCGUCGAGGCAAGGAGCCAGCUGGCUGCUUCCGUCUACGGCGAUUCGACGGAGUAA